AUGGAGGUGGAAGAACCCGACGGGGACGAGUUUCGUUCCGUAAAUGGAACGGGGAAGCGGAGGAAGACCAGCAACGGAGCCGUUGUCGGGGAUGGCUCAGAGGAGAAUCUUCUCAACAACAACAAGUUCACCGGGAAAGGAAGCGUCCCACCGGUUCCAGUGGUUCCAGUGGCCAAGAAACCACCACCUCUGGUGGUAAAGAAUACGAGCUACGCCAAGCUGAAGACUGUAAUGUCGCCGUGCACCACCAAGCCAAGUUACAAGCUAACUCCGUUUGGGAUCAAAUUGCUGUGUUCCUCCGAGGAGCGUUUUGAGACCGCGCGGGCCCACUUGAUUGCGAACAAAGUGGAGUUCUACACCCACGAGAAACGAAGCGAGCGGCAACUCCGCGUCGUCGUCCGAGGACUUCCGUCGGCUUCACCUGAAUUCGUCAAGAAGAACCUCAAGGAAUCGCAAAACCUGGAUGCUGCGGAGGUGCACGCCAUCAAGAGAAAGGGAGAGUUCGCCUCGUCAGAGGAAACCCCGUACAUUGUUACGUUCCCCAAGGGGUACACCAGCCUCAAGCAGCUGAGUGAAAUCAAGCGCUUGAGAAGAUUUCACAUCCGCAAUCUGUUGACCCCAUUCACCGACGAUGGCAACCUGCAACGAGUCAAGUACUGCAUCAGCAUUUUUCGCGGUGAAUUCACUGACAAAUCAGAUUACGCUGUACAGGUGACCUACGGUGGAAUCAAGUGCCAAACUACAUCCAUUCCUGUCGCGCUGGAUGCGUCAAAGUACUUCAAAGAGGAAAAGUUUCUGAUAAAGCUUAUCGUUCUCAACGUGCUGGUGUUCGACGCGGUCAAACCGUCCAAAAUCAAAAUCUCAUUAAAAUGCUUAGAUAACAGAUCGAAUGUCGUCGAACUGAAGCUGGACAAAUUGGCCAUAUCAAAAGUUCGUUACGCCACCUUCAAGGAAUCCUCUCUGCGCCCGGUGUUGACAGUGGGAUUCGAAUGUCCGGAUUUUCGCUGGAAAUAUCAUCCAUUAAUUGCACUCCACCGAACGUUGACGUUGGGCGAGCGACUGCUGGAGAAAUUUGAGCUUUUCCGUGUGGACAAUGGGGACUGCUUCGGCGCUGCUCUAAAAGAGCUCAAAAGCUAUUCCGAGAAGUCACCGCUCGCUGACGACAAGAUUCUAUCAGUUCAACGUGAUUUAACCAAACUGCUGCAAAAGCUGACGCAACUGGCGGAUAACCCUCAAAACGCCCUCCCCGAUGGAUUUCUCUUAGUAAGUCAUUCAUCCGGUCGUUUCUGCACUCAAGGCUCAUCAUCGAAAGGAUGCACUUCAGCUGGCGAGACCUUGCCCUGUGAUGCAUUCUGCCGACUUGAUACCAUCGACUAUUUGCCGUGGCAAUCAGAUUCCGGCAGUGAUAGGAAAUCACCGACGAGGGGCCUAAAUGGUGCCAGCCAACGCAGGGCACUGCUGGUUAAGCCAAUCAGCUGUCGGCACUCGUGUGGCCCCGACCAGUGCGGUUGUGUGUACGCCAAGCUGGACGUGGCCAUUUGGGUGGGCACGGAAGAGCAGGAAGAGGCAAGGACCAAGCGACAAAAUCAGGACAAGCAUCACAACCAGCAGCAAGUUCAAUGUCAUACAUCAGCGGUGGGGCCCGUAAAAUGUACUGCAAAUGUGUACCAGGGGAAAAUUGUGGCUGGCUUCGACAGCAGUGGUCUGAGUGAUCCCAAAUUGGUGGUGCUGGUUGAAAACCGCGAAAUGGCAACUGCGACAAUUCAUCAGACGCUGUCUCCAUCAUGGAACGAGGUUAUUAAAUUCCGGGAUGUAAAUCUAUUGGAAUGCAUCGAUUGGUUCUACAACGACGAACUGACCUUGAUGCUUCUCUUGCUUGACGAAGAUACCCGGAUGGGCACGCACAAAACGUAUGAAGUAAUCGGCACUGGAUGGUUCAAAUGUAGCCUCCGUCCCACUUUCCAGGAACGAGAUUACCCCAACGAUACCAACAUGGUAUUCCCUCCGGAGAGCUAUUCUUUAUUGGAUAGUAGAAAAAGUGAAAAUAAUGAGACAUUGACACCACCAGACACCGACGGUCACACCUCAGCACCGGAAGUGGGCCAUAAAGUAGUCUCCCACCGGAAGGGCAAACUUUCUGGCCAGUGGAAGGAGUUCGAUGACCAACGACUGGACAAGGUCCUCCGCUGGGUAGGCUUGUACCGGAAUGGAACGAAAAUGGCGAGCGUGCUGAUGUCGUGCCACGUUCAGCAUCAGGGUCUUGAAAAUGCCUCUGAAGAUGAUCCUCAAAAUAUAUUUCCCGACAUGGAGAAAUUUACGGUGGAGGUCCUGUUCACGGGGUUGCGAGAUUUGGUGACGCUGCCCUUCAAAAGUGCUGGUCGAUAUCGGCUUCAGAUGAUUUUCGGCGAACUGAAACUUUCCAGUGGGCUUUCGUGUAAAAGUAGCGGCGGUCGGUCGAUAAACUUUGUGGACGUGUAUGCAACUGGAAAUUUGAUGCUUCCGAAAAAUGUUGAAUAUUGGCCGGCAUUGAUGGUGCAACAGGUUGAUUGUUCAUGCUCAAAAGAAGGAAAAGUUGUUGGUGCAAAUAUGAUGGACAGGCCAGAGCAGUUCUUCCAAGAAGUAAAUCUAAACUCGAUAAAGCAACACAUGCUCCGAAAACGGGAUUCUGAAAUAAUGCUGCGGAAAUCCUCGUCGGAUUCGUUCCACAGUGCCGAGCAAGAACCACUAAUUGAAUUCGAUACACGUAAAACUAGAUUGUCUGAAAAGUUAGUUCCUGCUCUGAAAACUAUCGGGCACACCGUCAAAAAUAGUAUCAUGCAUCCAGUCAAAACUAAUUUGGCUAAGCGCCGAAACUCUCUCGAGACGGACUACACAUGGUGGACCAAGUUCUACAAUAGUGCCAGCCCGCUUCCGUCCGCCCACAAGCACAAAUUGAAGAUUUAUUCGUGCGAGCUGGAGAAAGUUCCAGAGUUUGAGCAUUUUCACGAUUGGAGUAUCCCGGUACCUCUGUACAAAAAAGCUAGACAAAAUCAGCUGAAACCAGCUGAAUCAUAUGGCAUGGUCAAGUGCAAAAUUUUGAUCAAACCGUUUGAAGGAAGUCAUGAAAUAAAAUCAGUAAAUUCUCUUUUCAACUUCAACCUUCGCUCAAUCCCCAUUCUGGCCCCCGAAACCAAAGUCAUCGUCGUGGUGUACAUCGUGCAAGGACUCAACCUGAGAUCGCGCGAUCUGUUCAGUCUAUCCGAUGCAUACGUAAGGCUUCAGCUGGGUAGCACAAAGAUCGUGGACCGUCCAAACUUUGUGAAAGACCAAACGAAUCCCGUGUUCGGGAAGCGAUUCGUGCUGCACGGAAGUCUUCCCAGGGAUCAGCACCUCCAGAUAUCCGUGCUUGAUCAUGACAAUUGCUUCGCGGACGAUCUGAUUGGAACGACGUGCGUUGACAUCGAGGAUCGAUACCAAAGCUGUCAUGCGUUGUCGAUUGGCUUACCACUGGAGUACAGCUCGUCGGGGUACAACGCGUGGCGUCAUCAAAAGAAGCCAACGGAGCUACUGGAACAGAUUUGCCGACAAAGCUGUAUAGCGGGUCCCAAAUACGGGGCAAAAUCAAUUCACUUAGCGGGAGUAGACUUCCAAGAUGACACCCUGAUUUCAACCACAGAAGACCCACGUGAGCGGCUGGCCCUUGCGGCGUUGAAGAAUUUUUACAAAAUCCCCGUAGUUGGUUGUCAUUUUGUUCCCGAACACGUGGAAACGAGAUCCUUGUAUCAUCCGGAUAAUCCACGCAUCGAGCAAGGGAAGCUUCAGCUUUGGGUUGAAACAUAUCCCGAGGGAUGUGUUCCCAAUUUAGUUGAUAUUACCCCGAAUCCUCCAAAGCCGUACGAACUGCGAGUGAUUGUUUGGAACACGAAAGAUGUGAUUUUGGACGAGAAGAAUAUUUUCGGAACACUGAUGAGCGAUAUUUAUGUUAAGUGCUGGUUGCAGGACAUUUCGGACGCCCAGUUCACUGACAUCCAUUACCGGUCCUUGGACGGAUCCGGAAACUUCAACUGGCGUAUGAUAUUCCCUUUUAAUUACUCAAGCUCCGAUAUUAUGAUGGUGGUAAGACGCAAGAAAAGUUUCUACGAGCAACUCGACACCGAACACAAAGUUCCCCCGCUGCUGACGGUGCAGGUGUGGGAUAAUGAUCUACUGACGCGCGAUGACUUCUUGGGGACGUUGAACCUGAAUCUGGCCCAACUGCCGGUUCCAGCUUCAAAGCCUGCGAAAUGUGGCCUACCCGAGCCCGGUUCAGGAUCAAAAGGUGACGAACGGCGUUUCCUGAAUCUGUUCCGCGAAGGCAAAGUUCGCGGUUGGUACCCAAUUGUUGGCCAUGGAAACGGCAAAUUGGUGCAAACGGGUAAAAUCGAGCUGGAGCUUCAGAUUUUGACUGAGGAGGAAGCGCUUUUGCAACCUGCUGGUAGAGGACGAAAACCACCCCAGAGUUUGGUGAUGCCAGACCGUCCAGACACGUCCUUCAACUGGUACCGCAGUCCGCUCAAGUCGUUCCGGAAAAUCCUCUGGCCAUUGGCACGCAAAGCACUCCUCGUUUGUACUCUAGUCCUACUGCUGGUUCUGCUCUUGUACGGGCUGAUAAUCAUGCUGCCCACCUCCACCAUCAUCAGCCAAGCCCUCGCCCGGAAAGCGUCCACGGAUCGCAUCGUCCGGACCGGGAUCGUUGACGUGCCGUAGACAGAUGGAUUGGCGGUUGGCGGUUGGCUAUUUACUUCUGUGACACAUGUUGCCUCUCUAUGUGUACAAUGGCGCGAACCAGACAAACCAGGCUUCCUUUCUUCGUUUUUCCCUCUUAUCGGCAUGUUAUCAGUGGACUAAUUACAAUUAUAAUUGUGUUGA